AUGAAACAAUUUGGGAGUACUCCCAAACGGAAACAAUCGCAAGAUGAGUCUCAAACUGGCACUUUUGCAACAGGAGGAAAUUGGCAACCACCGUCAACCACUUCUUCUUCCUCUUCUUCGCAACAGGCUUUUGAUGAUGCUGCAACAACCGCAGCAACCACCCCCGAAUUCACUUCGCCCACAAAGACUUUAAAAAGCAUUUUAUCAUUCAAAAAUAGGCUUUCCUCAUAUUCAAUCGACUCCAUCACGGAGCAGCCAGAGUUGGAAAAUGAAGAAACGGGGAGUAGAACAUCCUUAAAUGAGCUGAUAACGCCGAGCCGAUCUUCUAAAUUGCUAGGAUUCAGUCUUCGACCCAAACUUAGGAAAAAGUCUCCAGCAUCAACAGAGCCAGGAAGUUCAAGCCAGCAUCAGCAGCUGCUGCAACUGCGGGAUCCACAAGAACUACAAAAACUACAGCAACAACAACAACAACAACAACAACAGCAGCAGCAGCAGCAACAGCAACAGCCAAAAUAUCCGGUGCUCCUGAGACGAGUCACUGUAGAAGAUUUUGCAGAUACAGAAUCAGAAGAAGAAUCCAUCAAAACAGAGAGACACCGAGCGGCAGAAGUACCAGAAACAAGCUCAGAAGCCAUACCUUUAGGCUUGACUACUGAAGAUGCCGACACUUCAUUCUUUCCCGAUUUCCAAAGCAGAGAUGCCGAUGUCAUACCCGAGAGUAGAUUUCUUGAAACAGUUGAUACGAGACCAAGCAGCGGGGUAGUAACGAGCGAGGAUAAAGAAGAACUAAAGUCCAGACUAUCAAGACAAGAAUCGGUGAGAUCAAGUGCUUCUAGAAAGAGGAAAAGAAACAGUCCUGAAUCUGCCAUGGAAGCAACCAUCCCAGAACCUUCAGAAGAAGAGGCUGUCGCGGCGGCGGCGGCGGCGGCGGCGACUGCCACGGCCAAUAUCGAUGAUGACAUUGAUUUGCCAAAGGCAAAGUUUGCCCAUCCAUCACCUAUAACUGACACUUUGCGCAAAAACAGCGACCCUACCAGCUCUUCUCCAUCGGACAGCACAAACAAUUCCGAGGGUGGUGUCUCCUUGCGCUACAGGAUUCAAGAAGGUAAAGUUGAUUCAGUCAAGACCGUAGGAAAGCAUAUGAGCACUUCGACAACUGUUGACGCUAAUCGCACUUCGUUACGUGCUUCCCUUACGUAUAGCGAAGACGAAGAAGAAGGAGAAAGUAGAAGCGGAGGUGGAAAUGGAAAUGGAAAUGGAGGUGAAAGUGAAGUGGAUUCCGCUAAAUAUCCCGACCCUACAACAAGUCCACUUGUAUCUGGUGGGACACGCACAUCCAAUCGCAGCUCACAGCGUUCAAUGGCACACGAUAGUAUUUUGUUUGAAAACCCAAACGCAGUAGCUGGUCUAGUGCAACGUUCUUCAUCUGACAACAGCGCUCAUCAAAGUACUCCUCCAACCAAUCGACCAUACUCUGGAUACCAGCGCAUUAGUUUGCAAAAUGACAUUUUGGAGGAAACGUUGCUAGAUCCUGAACAGGCGAAUAACCCAAGGGCCACCUUUACAUUUGAUGAAUCCAUGUUGAGAGAUAGUUUCACUCGAUCUUCAAUGUCAUCGGGUGAAUUGUUGCGGAAUUUAGUUUCGCCUCAUGACCAUGACCAAUCUAAGAGCAGUAACAAUUCCGAAUCUCCAUACCAGUAUGUCAAUCCACCUGGUAUCUUGACAACUCCCCAAUCAUCCUUAUCUCGACCAACUUCUGAUUAUGCUACCGCCACUGGCACUGCCAAUGCAUCACAAGAUGAGCAAGUAAGGUUGAGUAUUCCACGACGAAUUCUUGCAGACGAAGGCAGUGCUAGUAAUAAUGAUAUCAAGGAUAUGACAGCGGGGUUAGAUCCCCACACGGGUUUACCUAUGAUGACAUUUAAAAUACAUAACAAAGAUUUCGAUGAGUCCAAGAACCGGUGGUCAGUUUACGAAACCAAAAGUGCACGACCUGCUCCCAACCACAACCCCGCCAUCGAUGGUAGUGAAGGUCAGCAGUCGAAAUCCGAAAGUGGCAGUCAAUUGAACUCAUUGGAGCCAAGCGAAACUGACGUUCAACAACCUGGCAGCGCGUAUUCUGGAGGCAGUGGUGGCCAUAAUGGUGUUUCUUCAAGAGCCGCUUUGAGAAGCGGCAGUCAGUCUCCAUCUUUGAAUUCUUCGAUCCAGCGAAUUGCCAAGUUAUUGGUUGUCGAGGAUGAGGGGGGAGAUAGUGGCGAAGAGCGACAGCAUAGUCAACCGUAUAGAGGUCAACAGCUUAGUGCCGAACACAGUUAUGAGCAACAUCAGCAUAGGCAAAAUUCCCAUGGCUCGUCUUUGGUAUUAUCAAAGCCCAAACGCAAUUUGGUGCUUGAAAACAGACAAAACUCAACCGAUAUGAUUCAGUUGGAGAAACACUUGGACUCGCUUGCAAUUGAUAAAUCUUUACUUCCAUACGUACCGAGACAGCAGAGGCAGCAACAAUCAGAUUUUGAGUCAGACUAUAGAAUUGUGUAUUACCCCUGGAUACAGUUUGGUGGGCUAAUGGUUCUUGCAUUGGUUGUGCCACCGAUAUUCUUUUUAAUCACAAUUGGUGUAUUUGACGGUGAAGACCAACUGAACUCGUACUACGGUGGAAUGCGGUAUUACAAGGAAAAGAAACCUACCGACUUGGUUGUGCUCAAGAGAUUCACAAAGAGUCAAAAAAUCACAAGUUUCAUCACCGGGCUAUUCUGGAUAUUGGUUGUAUUAGCCAUGAUUGGUGUUGGGUUAGGUGUUGGAUUAACUAGAAACCGAACUUAG